AUGUCGCACCGGUCUGUGGUUAGGCCGGAAGAUCGGCAGGACGAUCUGCGAGACGCCGUCAAGGCGCUCCUUGAAUCCCAGCAACAGAUGCUGCUCGCGCAGUGCCAAAAACCACCACCACAAACGCUGGCGCUAGCGGCGGGGAGCCAGGUAUCGAACCCGGUACCCCAUAAUGUCGUCAAGCUGCCACAAAUCGACAUUCCGAAGUUCACCGGGGAGCGUAAGCACUGGCGCUCAUUUAAGGACCUCUUCUUGUGCACAAUUCACAGCCGUACCGACCUGCGGGAUUCGGUAAAGAUGCAGUACCUGUUCUCCUACCUGGACGGUGAAGCGAAGGGGAAAGUCGACUCGUUCUCGAUCAACGAUGGCAACUACCGUGAGACGUGGGACGCACUCGUGAGCUACUAUGACAAACACAAAUACACGGUGUUUGCCCUCGUCCGGGAGUUUGUCGACCAGCAAUCAGUCUCCAACGCCAAGGAAUUGAAGAACCUCGUGGCCACAUCCGACGACGUCGUCCGCCAGUUGAAGGCCCUAGGACGCGAGUACGAGUCACGGGAUCCGUGGCUUAUUCACUUGCUGCUGGAGAAGGUGGAUCGAGAGACGCGCUCACUGUGGGCGCAGAAGAUCAUCACCGUUGAGAACCCAAUUUUUGCAAACUUCCAAGAGUUCCUGGAGCAGCGGUGUGACGCGUUGGAGACGUGCUCGUUCAGCAAGAAGGCGGGCCCUGAAGUUUCGAAGAAGGAGUCUCAAAAGCCAACCCAAAGAAAAGGGCAAGCUUUUCACACGAGCGCUGCUGUGAGCUGCGCGAAAUGCAGUAAAGAUCACCCGACGUAUCACUGCGACCUGUUCAAGGCCAUGGACGUGGCCGGACGGCGGGAGCUAGUGUUCUCCAAAAAGCUGUGCUUCAACUUCACGCCCGAUUGUAAACAGCGACAUCACACGACGCUGUGCCAGCAGCGGCAGCAGCACAGUCAGGAACCGGAGAAGGCUGACCGCGAUCAUCCUCCACGCCAACCCGAAGAGACGGAGGAGGCCUCGUCGGUCUCGGCCAACGCAGCUCAAGCCAAGGCGACCAAGCACGAACCGUCGUCGGUGGCACUGCUGCCCACGGUGAUCGCCAACUUGGAAGGGAAGGACGGGAAGUUGCACCAGGUGCGAUGUCUCGUCGACAGCGGAUCACAAGCGUCGCUGAUUAAGGAGGCAUGUGUCAAGCGCAUUGGACUGAAGCGCACGAACGCCUCCCUGGAAGCCACCGGAGUGAACGGAGAAAUCGUCGGCACCACGGCCGGUGCAGUCACGCUGGUGAUGUCUUCGCGUUUCGACGGAGAGACCAAGCUCACCACGCAAGUCUACGUGUUGGGAAGGCUGACGGCCCAACCAGCGCUUCGAUCCGGACAGGUCAAGAAUCGCCAAGGAAUCCCCGUGGCCCAGCGUUCCAUCUUUGGGUGGAUGGUAUCGGGGAAGAUCUCCCAGCCGUUUCGCACAAGCAGUCACCAUGCAGUUCUCAACGUCGCCCAGGAGUUUGACAUCGACCGCACCUUGCGGUUGUUCUGGGAGGACCAGGAGAUCCCUGAAGGCAAGCUGCUGACAACCGAUGAGAAAAGGGUCAUCGAACACUUCGAUUCGACUCUCACGCGCUCAGAGAAGGAUGGCCACUUUAUCGUCUCCCCCUCGACGAUUCAAAGUGCAAACUGGGAGAAUCGCUCAACGCAGCAACCAAGCGAACGGUACGUUGCCUUCAUGCGCGAGUACCAGAAGCUGGGCCACAUGGAGGAAAUUCCCGAGACGGAGGUUCAAGCAGACUGCACCAAGUCCUACUACCUCCCACACCACGGGGUCGUGAAGGAUGACAGCUCCACGACCAAACUCCGGGUCGUUUUCGACGGCUCUUGCGCCACCACGACCGGAGUCUCACUAAACGACCUACUCUUGAACGCACCCAACGUCAACGCAGAUCUCUUCGAUGUGCUGCUGCGAUUCCGAACCUACCCGGUAGUGUUCACGGCGGAUGUUGAAAAAAUGUACCGCCAGGUCUGGGUGCAUCGUGACGACACGGACUAUCAGCGCAUCGUCUGGAGAGAGUCGCCCGACGAACCGAUCCGGCACUUUCGUACGGGUUGA